GCUUACGUCCGACUUGGCACGAGCGUUGGCCCAAAUGGUUGACGUUCCGUACCCCUCCCCAGCUCCGCACCCUCCGCCCCGUGCCCCAGGUGAGCGGGCCGGCGCUACCACCUGAGCUGGCACUCUGAUCCUGGCUCAGUCUGAUUCCCCCCGUGAGCGUAACGCAAGGAGAAGCUGUGAGGGACCUGGUGGGUGUAGCGGCGCCGCUGUGGCAGUGUGAUGGUGCAGUGAGUCGCGUCGCCAGUCAUGGGCAACAAACAGGGCCAGGAGCUCUCGCCCGAGGAGAAACAGAAACUAAAGGACGAGAAGGAACGUGAAAAAAGGCAAUUAAAGGAGGAAAAAGAGCGUAAAAAGCUUGAAAAGAAGGAAGAGAAACGGCGUAAAAAGAAAAAGAAGAGAAAGGAAUAUCAUGGAGGAAGUGCAUUCUCGGAACGAGGUGACGAUGACGACGACGAGAGCAUCAGCAGCUCCGCCUGGUCGGAAAAAAGUGUAGGCUCGGCUCCGGGGUCAUGGUACCACUCGGCCUCGGAGCCUUCUUCCAAGCGAUCAUCCAUCUACCUCCCAGCGUCGGCAGGUCCUGGCUACUACCAGCACGAGUGUUGGUACCAAGGCUACGAGGACAGCAGCUCGGAAAAGUCCAAGUCGCCAUCCCGGACAUCGAGCAUGAAGGACACGCUCAACCUGCGAGCCGCGUCCCUGGAGCGCUACCCAUUGGGUGUGCCCACCGGGGAGCCCAUCGAGCCUCUACACAAGGCAGGCUCGCUAGACUUCCCCUCGGCCGUCGCCCACAAGAAGGAUCGGGCAAGACGCGCCGGAUCCAACGAGGAGACUGCUCUCAUCGCCGCCCGAUACGAAGAAACGAUCCGCCUCUCUCGGGAUCACCUGGAGAGAACCUCGGCUGAACGCGUCGCCCGUAGUGAAAGGAUUUUGACCCAACGAGCAUCCCCAGAGGACUGGUCCCUUCCAGCGGACCGCGCCUCCCCCACUGACAAGCCCCUUCAGACUGACCGUGUCACCCUGAUGGAGCGCGCCCUACCCCGGGACCGUGCUCCCGUGAGGGACCACGCCCCGGUGGCGGAAAGAACACCUCUGUCAGACCGAGACUCCUCCGGUGACCGAGGGCCAGCGGCGGGUCCACAUCCCGUGGCUGGACACUCCGUGAUAACCCGCGCCUCGCUCACCUCCCCCUCCCACUACCCGGCUGAGGAAGAGUCCGCUCGAGGAGAGAAACGCAAGUUCCCCCUGCCCGCCCACGGACUGCUUUCUAGGGAGGAAGGCGCGGCAAUCUCUGAGGCUAAGCGGCAAUCUCUCGACUACACCUCCGACCACACCUCCGUCACCGGCUCCGUCUACUACUCGGCGGACGAGGGCGGCUCCCUCACUGGCUCCGUCUACUACAGUGCCACGUCUGGCUCGGAGCUGGAAGACCACACCGAUGAUGACAUUCUCGGCAAAGACCGUCCGAGCCCCCCGGGACAGCCUGAAGCAGUGGACCGGGAGGGAAGUGUCCUCAACAGAUUGGCGUACGUCAAGGUGGAGAAUGAUGCCCUCUUGCUUCGCUGGGACGCUCCUGUUACUGACGGAGGCUCCCCUAUCACCGGCUACAUCAUCGAGCGGUGUGAGGGCGAGGGCAGCGUGUGGGUGCGGGUCAAUCUGGUGGCGAUCAAGGACACGGAGUACGCGGUGGCCAACAUGGUGGGCGGCAAGGAGUACCGCUUCAGAGUGAUAGCUGAGAAUGCCGUGGGAUCAUCUGACCCGUCGCCGCCAUCCGAACCAGUCAGCAUCUCCACGGACCAGGAGGCCACGGAGCCACACUUCCUCAGGGAACUGCGUGAUGCUGUUGCCGUGGAGGGCCAGAAGGUUGAGUUCUCAUGUGACAUCAUUGGAACGCCGCGGCCAGACAUCACCUGGUUUAAGGACGGCUUUGAGGUUUACGACACACGCCGCUUUGGGUUUCUUGUGGAAGGGGACCGCUACACCCUGGUGCUGAAGGAAGCCAAGCUGACUGAUGAGGGCGACAUCAGAGUGAGGGCCACCAACCGCGUGGGUGCCGCCUCCUCCCAAGCCACUUUCAAUGUGCAAGCCCCACCCAAGAUCAAGCUCCCAGCCCAGUAUGAACAAGGACUCAUCUUUGAUACAGACGAACUAAUCCGACUACGCAUACCAUACACAGGACGACCUCAGCCUCAGACCUCUUGGACCCACAAUGGCAAACAGAUUGAGGGUGAUGAGAGGCACACUGUGGAUGUAUCAGACAAGUAUGUGACUCUGAAGAUUGCAGGUGCCAGUAGGACAGACAAGGGCCUCUACACCCUCAAGCUGUCCAACCAGCAAGGCAAAGAUGAUGCCUCUUUCUUUGUCACAGUCACAGACCGGCCAGAUCCCCCAAGUGUUCCCACAAUCACCGACGUGUCUGGAACUGCCCUCACUCUACGUUGGGACCCACCACGCGAUGAUGGCGGCUGCAGAAUCUCAAACUAUAUUGUGGAGUACUUCAGGGUGGGGUGGGAUGUGUGGCUGAAGGCUGCCUCUUCUCGGAUCACCUGGAUGCAGCUCACAGACCUCAUUGUGGGGUCCGAGUACCGCUUCCGCAUCAAGGCUGAGAAUGCGUAUGGAAUCUCUGAGGCUGGUGGAGAGUCUCAGCAAGUCCUCAUUGAAGAAGCCAAGAGCACUGAGGGGUCGUUCGAAUCUGAAACCUUCAAAUCAAUAGCUGCUGCCGGCUCCUCAGUGCAAAAGGAAAGCAUCACACUCCUCCAAGGCUCAGGUGAGAGCUACUCCUUUGACAUGGGUGGUUCUGGUGAUGGCUCUGCCAUGGGCUCCUUUGAUGCUGGUGAGGGUCCCGUGGCCAGCCGAGCAAGACUCCUCAGUCAAGGCACCUCAGAUGAGCACCCACCCUCCCUGGCUAGCUCAGGGGAUCAAGAGCAGCCUGUCUCUCUUAGAAAACUGCCUACAUUUGAAACUGAAGCCCAUCGAAGACCUUUCCUGGAGGCUGCAUCAUCAGAAGAAAGAGCAAGGUCUUUUGAAACUUCCUCAGAUGAGAGAGGAAGAUCCUUUGAUAUUGAGUCUUCAGUGGAGAGAGGACAAUCUUUUGAUAUUGAGUCCUCAGUGGAAAGAGGACAGUCUUUUGAUGUUGGGUCCUCAUUGGAGAGAGGACAGUCCUUCGAGAUUGGCUCCUCAUUCGAGAAAGGAGCAGCAUAUGAUAUACAAUCCUCACUGGACCGCGGCCCGUCUUUCGACUCCGAAAUUAUACGAAAUAAGCCGGACACCUUCCAGUGGGGCAUUGCUGACGAACCUUCACAGAGUGAUUCUCUGGCAAGGGAAGUAUCCAUUGAAAUCACAGACUCAGAUGGCUUGCCUGUGGAGCGAGGAAGUUCCUACGAGGAUGAGCAUCUCCUUAGAACAGCAGAAUACUUGAGAGGACCUGCGGGAGGAUCCCUUGACCUAGGUAGCUCUGCUGGGGAGUCCAUGGACCUUGGAGGCUCCUUUGAUAGUAUGGAGCUUCCAAAGGCCCCUCCUCGCUCUCCUCGUAGGGGCUCACCUCGCUCACCUGCUGAGCAGCCCUCACCCGCUCCAGGUGCGGAAGGAGGUGCCCCUCCCCGCAUCACACUAGGGGAGGAAGGGGAAAUAGCCCCCACCCCGCCCCCAAGGAGUCACCGCUCGGGAUCCAGAGCCUCCGUGGGCACUGACUCCUCCCUUCUUGGUGACGCGCCGCCCUACCAUGUGUUGGGGGCUGAAGGUGGCUGUGAGUUGGCACCCACACCGCCCCCACGAAGUCGCCGAUCGGGGUCUAGGGCGUCUACUGUGUCAGAACUGUCUGCUCUAGAAGUUGAAGGUGGGUGUGAGCUGGCGCCCACCCCGCCCCCAAGGUCCCGCCGGCCAGGCUCGCGCUCCUCUAUCACUUCAGAAUCGUCAGCAGCCCUGGGCUGGAGCCCGACGCCCGCCCGAAGGAAGAAGAGACGCAAGACUGAAGCUGACGCAGAGAUGGCAGAGGGCGCCGAGUCCCCGGUAGUGCCUCCACGCAGCCACCGCCGAGGGUCACGUGCCUCCCAGAUCUCCCAGGCGUCCACGGUGACCUCCGAGACCCAAUUUGAGCCGGAGUCCUUCGCCCGAGACACCCCACCGCCUUCAGACGUUGCCGACAUCGCGAAAGCCCAGGCAGCCCCAGUUAGCACACCCUCGUCUGAAAUGUUGGAUGCCUUGGUGAAGCCCCGGAUGGAGGCGGUGACGGUAGCGACGGGCGAAGAGGCGGUGCUGGCGGUGACCCUCGACAAUGUUCACCCAACCAAGAUAACAUGGCAGAAGGGUGGGCGGACGUUGGAGGCGAGUGCCCACUAUACUACGACGCAGACGCAGCGCUCGGCCCAGCUGGUCAUUCACGAUGUCACCGCCCAGGACUCCGGCAUCUACACGGCGGUAGUGGACAGGCGGGACGGCACGCAGGCUCGAGCGAAGGUGUCACUGAAGGUAGAGAGUCGGGCUUCCACGAGUAGAGUGGAGGCGCCUGUCUUUGUGAGAACUCUUAGUGAUCAGUCAGCCAAGGUUGGUACACGUGUCAGGUUCUUGGUGGAGCUGCGACAGGCCCAGGAUGAUGUGAAGGUGUUUUGGUACCACAAUAAUGCUGAGGUGGUCCAAGAACCCCGAUACCGAGUCCUUCACGAAGGGAACUUCUUCUGUCUGGACAUCUCCCCGCUGAGUGUGUCAGAUGAAGGAAUCUGGAAAUGUGUGGCAGAGAACUCUUCAGGUCAAGCCUCCAGCUCCUCUUCCUUCAAGGUCAUAGUGCCUAAAGGGUAUCGGGCACCUGUCUUCCUGGAAGCGCUGGAAGCCCUGCUGACAGAUGAAGGCACUGUCAGCCUGGAGUGUAAAGUGGUUGGCAUCCCCACACCUGUCCUCAAAUGGUUCAAGGAUGGUGCCGAGAUCAAAGCUGGAGAUGUGUUUGCCCUCACUGCCAAUGCCAACGAUCCCACCUCUCUUGGCACCUACACCUGCGAAGCAUCCAACUGCAUGGGCCGCGCCGUGUCCUCCUCCAGGGUGAAGGUGGUUUCCAGGGACUCGUCGCUCCUGCCGCCCGCCAGGAAGGAGCAGAGGUCUCCGACACCCAUUGGUCCCCCACCAGUGUUGCUGGAUCGACUGGUGGACCGCAAGGUGAAGAUUGGAGACAAGGCGCGAUUCAUUGUUAAAGUGGAGACGCCACCCGAGGUGCAGUCAGUAUCAUGGUACCACAGCGGUCAGAAGGUUGAGAAGAGUGACCGCUACCGGUUGAGUGAUGAGGGCGGGGGGAGACACCUGCUGGAGAUUUCACCCACGGAACUUGGUGAUGAUGGAGACUGGAAGGCUGUGGUGAAGAAUGAGGGUGGAUACACUACCUCUGUUGCCAAUCUCACCCUCUCUGUUCCCCGAAACUACCGCACUCCUCGCUUCCUAGACAACUUGAAGGCUCUCUUAACUGAGGAAGGAUUGGUUUCAUUUGAAUGCAAGGUGGUGGGCUACCCAACACCCACUCUGCAGUGGUUCAAGGAUGGCCAGGAACUCAAGCCAGGGGAUGUGUAUCAACUCUCAGGAACGAACUCCCUUGGGAAAUACUCAUGCAUUGCCAAAAACUGCAUGGGUGAGGCUCAGUCCAUGGCAGAACUCACUCUUGAAGAUAUCAAGGCUCACUUGAAUGAGGAAGAGAAAGAACAGUUGCUAGCCACCAAUAUUCCUCCAAGGUUCAUCCAAGGACUGAGGAGCCGUGAUGUGAAGAUUGGUGAUCCCUUCAGACUCACUGUUCAAGUGACGGUGACACCAUCCCCCUCUGUGACCUGGUAUCAUGAGGAUGAGAUCAUCGUUGCAUCGCCCAAGUAUUGCAUGACCCAGCAGGAGGCUGGCAUCUUCCACCUGGACAUUGACCACCUGGAGAUGACUGACCAGGGUGAGUGGAAGUGUGUAGCCAGCAAUGACUAUGGACACAGUGUUACUGCUACCUCCUUGAAGUUGGUGAUUCCUCGCCACUACAAGAAGCCUGUUUUCCUGGAGCCUCUUCGUGCUGUUCUCUCUCAGGAAGGAACUGUCAACUUAGAGUGCAAGGUUAUUGGAGUUCCUCAGCCAAACCUCAAAUGGUACAAGGAUGGGGUGGAGCUCCAGCCGGGAGACAUCCACCGCAUCAUCAGUGGGGAGGAUGGCACCUGCUGCUUGGGAAUGUAUACUUGUGAGGCCACCAACGUUAUGGGCUCAGCUUCCUCCUCCGCCUCACUUUUAGGCUUUGAGGAUAAAUUCUUAGAGAAGGAGAAGAUGAAGGCUGAGCCGGCACCACUGGGUGACCUGCGGGGCAUUGCUAGGAACCCUUCCCUGUCCACCAUCAAUGAGGAGCGCUCCUCUCAGAUAUCCAUGUAUGAGUCAGCAAUGUCUGAGGCAUCUGUGCUGGAUGAUGAGAGGGCUGAUGUGUCUGUCAGUAUUGAUGGCAAGGAAAUCUCCCUCUCCCUUUAUGAUACUCCAGAUAUUUCUGAGGCAGAGGCCAAGCAGAUUGCUGAAUUAUAUGCUGAAGAAAUUUCUGACCAUAUCUCAGCACAUGAGAACAUUCAGGCUGAGCUUCCACCUCUCCGCUUUAUCCGGGAAACCUCCUGUAAGGGUCCUGUUCUGAUGGAGGCCAUGGUGAUUGAUGUGGAGAAUGAUGCCUUUGAGGAAUACAUGAGUUUGACAGAUCUGACAUAUGAUGAUGCCCGCACUGAGGCAGAUGUGGAGGAGCUUUCACCCUUGGAGGCCAUUGUUGUAGAGGAGAGGGAGGCACUGCGCUCUGAUAUUGCUGACCUGUCUGACAUGGAGUCCUGGGAGGAGGAGACCCUCUCAGCACACACUGUGGAUCCAGAGGGCAAGGCUGUGGCUCAAGUCAACAGGCAAGAUGUGCUUCAGCAUGACCUUCGUGUCCUUAGUGAACAAGGACUAUCCAUGCUACAAGAACGUGGUGAGGAGAAGCGUGUCCUCAUGAAAGGCAAAGUAGCCAUGGUUGAGGAGGUACAGGUGAUGAGUGCUGCAGAAAAAACACUCACCAGUGAAAAGCAGCAUGCCACCAAGGCUGAAGGUCAUGUGCUGCCUGAACUGAAUGUUGCAGAAACAGAAGAACAGGCCGUGUUGACUGGCCUGCAGCCCAUGAAAACUGAAAGGAAACAGGCAAAGCGUUCCAUAGAACCACAUGAAGCAGCUGUAACACAGGAACAGCAGGCCUUAUCUGAGGGAGGAACACUUUCAGACAUGACUAGUAUCAGCAAGAUCAGUGAGCAGCAGGCAAGCCAAGUGAUGCAGGAAGCCUUGGAAAUUGGCUGUCAAGAGGCAGUAGAGCAAGCCAAAUCCAUGGAGUCUGAAGAGAGACCUUCAAAGAAAGCAAGGAAAGCAUCUUUACAGAAAGUGCAUGACACAGGAGAAGCAGCCGUUGUUCAGGUUCCAGAAGUGUGUGAGGGUGAAGGGAAGGUUCCCUCUAUCCAACAAAUACAGAAGCAACAGGCAAAGCAGGUUAUUUCUGGACAAGAGGGGUAUGAGGUUGCCAGUGUUGAAGUCAUGGAAGAUGCUGCUUCAUUUGAAAUCAAGGGUACUGCCAGUCAGCAUGCUAAGGUGAAGGAUGCUUCCCAGAAAGAGGCACUUGUGAUGGAGACUGCUGAAGUUGUUAGUGAUGCUCCUAAGAGCCUUAAAUUAGAACAAGCUAAAGCUCAAAAGGCACAGGCAAGCCAAGUUCCAGUGGCUGGUGUAGCCCAACAGCAGCAACAGCAGGUGCUCUCUGCUGUCAAAGACAUGUCUCAGCAUUCACAGGCACAGGAAACUGUAGCUGAUAUUAGUGAUUCCUUGGAGCCUUUGCAACUUGCUGAACAAUAUGGCUUUGAAUAUGCAGAGGCCUUUGAAGCACUUACACCUGAGCAGCAGGUGGCUCUGCAGAUUGACCCAAAUUAUCGGAAAGCUCUUAUAGUUGCCAUUAGGGAAGUUCAGUCUCAUGUAGGGGAACUGUCACAGCAGAGUAUACAGGAGGCACAAGCUUAUCCUCAACAAAUUCUUCAUGAGGCUGUACAAAGCUAUGAACAAAUGGCAAUGUGUGGUGAAUUUAAGGACAUUGGUGAAUACAUGCGAGUAAUGAGUGACAGGGCCCAAGUUCUUACUGAGAUGGCCAGGGAGGCAAUAAUGGUUCAGGAAGCUCAUGUUGAAGAUGCUAGUCAUCAAGCUGCAGUUGUGUCUCAACAAUCUGCAGCUCAUCCUGAUAAAGCUGUUGCAGGUGUAGUGGAAGGUGCAGUGGAAUCUGCUGCCAUUGGAGAACCUCCUGUAAUGGGAAAACUUGAAAAAGCUGUUAAAAAGGAUGCUGAGAAGAAGGAUAAGAAAAGAUCUGCUGCUGAGUUAAUUGGUGCUGAAGAAAAGAAAGGUAAAGAUGAGGCUCAAGCAGUAAAGGUAUCUGAAGUAGACUCAGCUGCUGCUAAGAAGGCUAAGCUGGAAGAGGUGGGAGCUCAAGAUGUUGAGGCUGUUGCAGCUACUGCUGGUCUAACUCCAGAACAAAUUAAGGCCAAGAAAGAGGAACUCCUAGCAAAACUUGAGACUCUGAAAGCAAAGAAGGAGGCAGAGCUUUGCAAAACACCAAGCACUGAGUCACUCACUUCAGAAUCGCUUGAAACUGAGGAAUCAAAGGAAGACAAAGAUGAAAAAGGCAGUGUUAACAAGAAGAGUAAGAUGGGUGGAGAGCAAGAUAAGAAAGCAGCAGAUGUGCAUGAAAAGAAGGCUGCUGAAGAAGUACCAGAAACCAAAGAGAAAAAGAAAAAAUCUCUGAAGAUAAAAAAAUCAGCAAAGAAGGAAGAGGAAACCGCUGAGUCUAAGGCAGCAGCAAGUGAGGCUCAGGAUGCAUCAGAGAGCUUGUCUAAGGAGGAAGAGUCACCAGAAAAGAAGGGAAAACAAAGGAAGAAGAGCCUUGUUUCUGGAGUAAAGUCUGCUAUAGCAUCUAAAGUUUCUGAAGUAAAAUCAGCCAUUGUGUCAAUAGUUGGCAAGAAAGCAGAGACUGCAGAAGCAGGAGAAAUUGGUGAAGAUACAGAAGUACAGAAGGACACAGAAGAUGCUGUAGGUGAGUCUGCUAAAGACAGCAACAAGGAAGAGGAAGCAAGUCAUGAAACUGGAUCAAACUUGAAGCCCAGGACAGAAUUGUAUGAGGAAUCCUCAAUUAAGAUGGAUGCCACUGUGGCUCUCAAGAAGAAAGCUGGAGAGGCUUCAGUAGAGGAAGAGGCUACAGUGUCCUUGAAGAAGGCCAAGAAGGAAGGUGAAGAUGAAGCUACUGCUGAGUUAUCCUUAGAUUUGAAAGCAGCCAAAGUUAAGAAGAAAGAUGAGGAUAGUAAGAAGAAGGCCAAAUCACCAGAUCAAACUAGUUUAGGUAUUAAGGAAGAAGAAGCUGGAAAAGUUGCUCAGCAUGCCAAGGUAAAGGAAGGUGUCCAGACAGAGGUGAAACAGGCACUUGUGUUGGAGACUGCUGAGGUUGUUUGUGGUGAUGUUCCAGAGACACUCAAACUGGAACAAGCUAAAGCUCAAAAGGCACAAGCAGGCCAAGUUUUAAUGACUGGUAUAGCAGAGCAGCAGCAGCAGCAGGUGCUCUCUUCUGUCCAAGACAUGUCUCAACAUCUACAAGCUCAGGAAACUGUAGCUGAUUUCAGUGAUUCCUUGGAGCCUUUGCAACUUGCUGAACAAUAUGGCUUAGAAUAUGCUGAGGCCUUUGAAGCACUUACACCUGAGCAGCAGGUGGCUCUGCAGAUUGACCCAAGUUACCGGGAAGCUCUGAUAGUUGCCAUUAGGGAAGGUCCUUCCCAGGUUGGGGAACUGUCUCAGCAGAGUAUACAGGAGGCACAGGCUUACCCUCAACAAAUUCUUCAUGAGGCCGUACAGAGCUAUGAACAAAUGGCAAUGUCAGGUGAAUUUAAGGACAUUGGUGAGUACAUGCGAGCAAUGAGUGAUAGGGCUCAAGUUCUUACUGAUACAGCCAGGGAGGCAAUAAUGGUUCAGGAAGCUGAUGUCGACGAUGCUAAUCUCCGUGCUUUCAGUAAGGAGGAUGUGUCAUCAAUGUUGACAGUUGCAGAAGAGAAAGGUGGAUCAGUUGCAGAGUACAUUAUUGUACAAGAGCCUGACCUGCAGUCUGAAGCUGCAGUUGUCUCUCAGCGACCUGCAGCUCAUCCAGAGAAAGCUGUUGCUGGCAUAGUGGAAGGUGCAGCAGAGUCUGCUACCAUUGGAGAACCUCCUGUAAUAUCUGAAGUGGGAAAGCAAGAGAAACCUGUGAAGAAGGAUGCUGAUAAAAAAGCUAAGAAAGCUUCUGGUGCUGAGUUAGUUGGUGCUGAAGAAAAGAAAGUUGAAGGUGAGGCUCAAGCAGUAAAGGUAUCUGAAGUGGAUUCAGCUGCUGCUAAGAAGGCUAAGCUGGAAGAGGAGAGAGCUCAAGAUGUUGAGGCUGUUGCUGCUACUGCUGGUCUAACUCCAGAACAAAUUAAGGCUAAGAAAGAGGAGCUCCUAGCUAAACUUGAGACUCUGAAAGCUAAGAAGGAGGCAGAGCUCUGCAAAACGCCAAGCACUGAGUCACUCACAUCAGAAUCCCUUGAAACUGAAGAAUUAAAGAAAGAUAAAGAUGAAAAAGACAGUGCUAGUAAGAAGAGUAAGACAAAUGCAGAGCAAGAAAAGAAACCUGCUGAAGAAGCACAAGAGACUAAAGAGAAGAAAAAGUCUCAAAAGAUAAAAAAAUCAGCCAAGAAGGAAGAGGAAACCGCUGAGUCUAAGGCAGCAGCAGGUGAGGCUCAGGAUGCAUCAGAGAGCUUGUCUAAGGAGGAAGAGUCACUAGAAAAGAAGGGAAAACAAAGGAAGAAGAGCCUUGUUUCUGGAGUAAAGUCUGCUAUAGCAUCUAAAGUUUCUGAAGUAAAAUCAGCCAUUGUGUCAGUAGUUGGCAAGAAAGCAGAGACUGCAGAAGCAGGAGAAAUUGGUGAAGAUACAGAAGUACAGAAGGACACAGAAGAUGCUGUAGGUGAGUCUGCUAAAGACAGCAACAAGGAAGAGGAAGCAAGUCAUGAAACUGGGUCAAACUUGAAGCCCAGGACAGAAUUGUAUGAGGAAUCCUCAAUUAAGAUGGAUGCCACUGUGGCUCUCAAGAAGAAAGCUGGAGAGCCUUCAGUAGAGGAAGAGGCUACAGUAUCCUUGAAGAAGGCCAAGAAGGAAGGUGAAGAUGAAGCUACUGCUGAGUUAUCCUUAGAUUUGAAAGCAGCCAAAGUUAAGAAGAAAGAUGAGGAUAGUAAGAAGAAGAAGGCCAAAUCACCAGAUCAAACUAGUUUAGGUAUUAAGGAAGAAGAAGCUGGAAAAGAUGCUCAGCAUGCCAAGGCAAGUCCUGAAACUGGGUCAAACCUGAAGCCCAGGACAGAAUUGUAUGAGGAAUCCUCAAUUCAGAUGGAUGCCACUGUGGCUCUCAAGAAGAAAGCUGGAGAGCCUUCAGUGGAGGAAGAGGCUACAGUGUCCUUGAAGAAGGCGAAGAAGAAAGGUGAAGAUGAAGCUACUGCUGAAUUAUCCUUAGAUUUGAAAGCAGCCAAAGGUAAGAAGAAAGAUGAGGAUAGUAAGAAGAAGGCCAAAUCACCAGAUCAAACUAGUUCAGGUGUUCAGGAGGAAGAAACUAAGAAAGCUACUAAAAGCAAGGCUGAAGUGGAAAAAGCCAAGUCCCAUGAGGAAGAAGGUUAUAAGGUUGCCAGUGUUGAGGUUAUGGAAGAUGUUGCUUCAUUUGAAGCAAAGUAUGUGGAGGCCUUUGAAGCACUCACACCUGAGCAGCAGGUGGCUCUACAGAUUGACCCAAGUUACCGGGAAGCUCUGAUAGUUGCCAUUAGGGAAGGUCCUUCCCAGGUUGGGGAACUGUCUCAGCAGAGUAUACAGGAGACACAGGCUUACCCUCAACAAAUUCUUCAUGAGGCUGUACAGAGCUAUGAACAAAUGGCAAUGUCAGGUGAAUUUAAGGACCUUGGUGAGUACAUGCGAGCAAUGAGUGAUAGGGCUCAAGUUCUUACUGAUACAGCCAGGGAGGCAAUAAUAGUUCAGGAAGCUGAUGUUGAUGAUGCUAAUCUCCGUGCUUUUAGUAAGGAGGAUGUGUCAUCAAUGUUGACAGUUGCAGAAGAGAAAGGUGGAUCAGUUGCAGAGUACAUUAUUGUACAAGAGCCUGACCUGCAGUCUGAAGCUGCAAUUGUGUCUCAGCAACCUGCAGCUCAUCCAGAGAAAGCUGUUGCUGGCAUAGUGAAAGGUGCAGCAGAGUCUGCUACCAUUGGAGAACCUCCUGUAAUAUCUGAAGUGGGAAAGCAAGAGAAACCUGUGAAGAAGGAUGCUGAUAAAAAAGCUAAGAAAGCUUCUGGUGCUGAGUUAGUUGGUGCUGAAGAAAAGAAAGUUAAAGACGAGGCUCAAGCAGUAAAGGUAUCUGAAGUGGAUUCAGCUGCUGCUAAGAAGGCUAAGCUGGAAGAGGAGGGAGCUCAAGAUGUCGAGGCUGUUGCUGCUACUGCUGGUCUAACUCCAGAACAAAUUAAGGCCAAGAAAGAGGAGCUUCUAGCUAAACUUGAGUCUCUGAAAGUUGAAAAGAUGGAAGAGGUGUGUGAAACAAAAGAUGCAAAAGAGAAAAAGAAAGAAGAAAUCCUCACCAUGAAAGAAGAAUCGCUUACAAAACUUGAGGAGUCCAAAGAAAAGAAUGAAGAUGAAAAGAAUGAUGCCAAAAAUAAGCUAGAAGAGAUUAAGGAAGCAAAGUCUCCUGAGCUUAAGAAGAAAGAAGCUAAAAAAGAGGAAGAACAAAUUUCAAAGCUUCAUAAGGAGGAGGAAGAGAAGAUAAAAGAAGCUAAAAAGUCUGGUAAGAAAGAUGAAGAGAAGGAAGUCACUGAAAUGAAGCAAGCAGAAUCUAAAAAAACAGAUGAAAAAGCAAAGGCUCAUGAAAUGAAGAAGGAAGAAGACCAAAAGGUGCAGAAAGAGGCCAACAAGUUUGAUAAAAAGGAAGAAGACAAGAAAGAAGCUGAAAAAGAACAAGAGGCCAAAAAGUUUGAUAAGAAAGAAAAGUCUCUUGAGCCCAAAAAGAAAGAAGAGAGAAAAGAUCCUGAAAAGAAGAAGGAGGAAACUAAAAAGCUUGAUAAGAAGGAAGAAGAGAAGAAAGAAGCUGAAAAGGAGGAAACUGAGAAGCUUGAUAAGAAGGGAGAAGAGAAGAAAGAAGCUGAAAAGAAGAAGGAGGAAACUAAAAAGAUUGAUAAGAAGGAAGAAGAGAAGAAAGAAGCUAAAAAGGAGAAGGAUGAAACUAAAAAGAUUGAUAGGAAGGAAGGAGAGAAGAAAGAAACUGAAAAGAAGGAGGAACCUAAAAAGCUUAAUAAGAAGGAAGAAGAGAAGAAAGAAGCUGAAAAGAAGGAAGAGGAAGCUAAAAAACUUGAUAAGAAGGAAGGAGAGAAGAAAGAAGAAAAGAAUCAGGAAGAGCCUAAAAAGCUUGACAAGCAAGCAAAGUCUCUUGAACCUGAGAAGGAAGAAGAGAAGAAAGAUGAAUCUGUAGAGGCUGAAAAGAAGGAAGAGAAGAAACAAGCUGAAAAGGAGAAGGAGGAAAUUAAAAAGCUUGAUAAAAAGGAAGAAGAGAAAAAAGUUGAAAAGGAGGAAGAGGAAGCUAAAAAGCUUAAGAAAGAAGAAGAGAAGAAAGAAGAAAAGCAAGAAGAGUCUAUAAAGCUUGAUAAGAAAGCAAAGUCUCCUGAACCUAAGAAAGAUGAAGAGAAGAAAGAAGCUAAAAAGAAGGAAGAAGCUAAAGAGCUUGAUAAGAAGGAAGAAGAGAAGAAAGAAGCAGAGAUGAAGCAGGAGGAUGCCAGGAAGCUUGAUAAGAAAGCAAAGUCUCCUGAACCUAAGAAGGAAGAAGAGAAGAAAGAAGCUAAGAAGGAAGAGGAAGCUAAAAAGCUAGAUAAGAAGGAAGAGGAAGCUAAAAAGUUAGAUAAGAAGGAAGAUGAAGCUAAAAAGCUAGAUAAGAAGGAAGAAGAGAAGAAAGAAGCUGAAAAAGAGGAAGCUAAAAAGCUUGAUAGAAAGGCAAAGUCUCCUGAACCUAAGAAGGAAGAAGAGAAGAAAGAAGAAGCUAUAAAGAAGAAAGAGGAGGCUAAACAGAUUGACAAGAAGGCAAAAUCUCCUGAACCUAAGAAAGAAGCUGAAAAGAAGCAGGAAGAAGUUAAGAAGAUCAGUGAUAAGAAGAAAGAAGAAAAGAAAGAAGCAGAAAAGAACCAAGAAGAGGCUAAGAAGCUUGAUAAGAAGGCAAAAUCUCCUGAACCCAAGAAGGAAGAAGAAAAGAAAGAAGAGGCUAAAAGGAAGGAAGAGGAAGCUAAAAAGCUAGAAAAGAAGGAAGAAGAGAAGGAAGAAGCUGAAAAAGAGGAAGUUAAAAAGCUUGAUAAGAAGGCAAAAUCUCCUGAACCCAAGAAGGAAGAAGAGAAAAAACAAACAGAGAAGAAACAGGAAGAUGCAAAGAAGCUUGAUAAGAAAGCAAAGUCGCCUGAACCUAAGAAGAAAGAAGAGAAAAAAGAGGAAGCUGUCAAGCUUGAAAAGGAGGAAGAGAAGAAACAAGAAGCUGAAAAGCAGGAAGAGGCAAAGAAACUUGAUAAGAAAGCUAAGUCUCCAGAACCUGAGAAGUAUGAAGAAAAGAAAGAAGCUAAAAAGAAGGAAGAGGAAGAUAAAAUGAAAGAAGAGGAAACCAAAAGACAUGAUAAAAAGGAAGAAGAGAAGAAAGAAGCAGAGAAGAAGCAGGAGGAUGCAAAGAAGCUUGAUAAGAAGGCAAAGUCUCCUGAACCUAAGAAGGAUGAAGAGAAGAAGGAAGUAGCUAAAAAGAAAGAAGAGGAAGGUAAAAAGUUAGAUAUAAAGGAAGAAGAGAAGAAAGAAGUUGGAAAGGAGGAAACUAAAAAGCUUGAUAAAAAGGCAAAGUCUCCUGAACCUAAGAAGGAUGAAGAGAAGAAAGAAGAAGCUAAAAAGAAAGAAGAGGAGGCUAAGAAACUUGAUAAGAAGGAAGAAAAGAAAGAAGCUGAAAAGAAGCAGGAAGAGGCAAAGAAACUUGAUAAGAAGGCAAAAUCUCCUGAAGGGGAAGAAAAGAAAGAAGAAGCUAAAAGAGAAGAGGAGGCUAAGAAGCUUGAUAAGAAAGUAGAAGAGAAGAAAGAAGCUGAAAAGAAGCAGGAAGAGGCAAAGAAGCUUGAUAAGAAGGCAAAGUCUCCUGAACCUAAGAAGGAAGAGGAUAAAAAAGAAGAAGCUAAAAAGAAGGAAGAGGAGACUAAGAAGCUUGAUAAAAAGGAAGAAGAGAAGAAAGAAGCUAAAAAGAAGGAAGAGGAGGCUAAAAAGCUUGAUAAGAAGGCAAAAUCUCCUGAACCUAAGAAGGAUGAAGAGAAGAAAGAAGCUAAAAAGAAGGAAGAAGAGACAAAGAAGCUUGAUAAGAAGGAAGAUGAGAAGAAAGAAACUGAAAAGAAGCAGGAAGAGGCAAAGAAGCUUGAUAAGAAGGCAAAGUCUCCUGAACCUAAGAAGGAAGAGGAGAAGAAAGAAGAAGCUAAAAAGAAGGAAGAGGAGACUAAGAAGCUUGAUAAAAAGGAAGAAGAGAAGAAAGAAGCUAAAAAGGAGGAAGAGGAGGCUAAAAAGUUUGAUAAGAAGGCAAAAUCUCCUGAACCCAAGAAGGAUGAAGAGAAGAAAGAAGUUAAAAAGAAGGAAGAAGAGACAAAGAAGCUUGAUAAGAAGGCAAAGUCUCCUGAACCUAAGAAGGAAGAGGAGAAGAAAGAAGCUAAAAAGAAGGAAGAGGAGGCCAAGAGGCUUGAUAAGAAGGAAGAAGAGAAGAAAGAAGCUGAAAAGAAGCAGGAAGAAGCAAAGAAGCUUGAUAAGAAGGCAAAGUCUCCUGAACCUAAGAAGGAAGAGGAGAAGAAAGAAGAAGCUAAAAAGAAGGAAGAGGAGGUUCAGAAGCUUGAUAAGAAAGUAGAAGAGAAGAGAGAAGCUGAAAAGAAGCAGGAAGAGGCAAAGAAGCUUGAUAAGAAGGCAAAAUCUCCAGAACCUAAGAAGGAAGAGGAGAAGAAAGAAGCUAAAAAGAAGGAAGAGGAGGCCAAGAGGCUUGAUAAGAAGGAAGAAGAGAAGAAAGAAGCUGAAAAGAAACAGGAAGAAGCAAAGAAGCUUGAUAAGAAGGCUAAGUCUCCUGAACCUAAGAAGGAAGAGGAGAAGAAAGAAGUUAAAAAGAAGGAAGAGGAGAAGAAAGAAGAAGCUAAAAAGAAGGAAGAGGAGGUUCAGAAGCUUGAUAAGAAAGAAGAAGAGAAGAAAGAAGCUGAAAAGAAGCAGGAAGAGGCAAAGAAGCUUGAUAAGAAGGCAAAAUCUCCUGAACCUAUGAAGGAAGAGAAAAAAGAAGAAGCUAAAAAGAAGGAAGAGGAGGUUAAGAAGCUUGAUAAGAAGGAAGAAGAAAAGAAAGAAGCUAAAAAGAAGGAAGAGGAAGCCAAGAAGCUUGAUAGGAAGGAAGAAAAGAAAGAAGCUGAAAAGAAGCAGGAAGAGGCAAGGAAACUUGAUAAGAAGGCAAAGUCUCCUGAACCUAAGAAGGAAGAGGAGAAGAAAGAAGUUAAAAAGGAGGAGGAGGCUAAAAAGCUUGAUGAGAAGGCAAAAUCUCCUGAACCUAAGAAGGAUGAAGGAAAGAAAGAAGCUAAAAAGAUGGAAGAGGAGACUAAGAAGCUUGAUAAGAAGGAAGAAGAGAAGAAAGAAGCUAAAAAGAAGGAAGAAGAAGCUAAAAAACUUGAUAAGAAGGAAGAAGAGAAGAAAGAAGUUAAAAAGAAGGAAGAAGAGGCUAAAAAGCUCGAUAAGAAGGCAAAAUCUCCUGAACCUAAGAAGGAUGAAGAGAAGAAAGAAGAAGCUAAAAAGAAGAAAGAGGAGGCUAAGAAGCUUGAUAAGAAGGAAGAAGAGAAGAAAGAAGCUGAAAAGAAGCAGGAAGAGACAAAGAAGCUUGAUAAGAAGGAAGAAGAGAAGAAAGAGGCUGAAAAGAAACAGGAAGAGGCAAAGAAGCUUGAUAAGAAAGCAAAGUCUCCUGAACCUAAGAAGGAAGAUGAGAAGAAAGAAGAUGGUAAAAAGCAUGAUAAGAAGAAGGAAGAAGAAGAGAAAGAAAAAGGAAAGAAAAAGCCAGAGAUGAUUAAAAAACUUGAAGAAGAGAAGAAAGAAACUGAAAAGAAACAAGAUGCCAAAAAGCUUGACAAAAAGGAAGAAGAGAAGAAAGAAGCAGAGAAGAAACAGAAUGAAGCUAAGAAACUUGACAAGAAGGAAGAAGAAAAGAAAGAAGCAGAAAAGAAGCAAGAGGAGGCAAAGAAGCUUGAUAAGAAAGCAAAAUCUCCAGAACCUAAGAAGGAGGAAGAGAAGAAAGAAGUUAAACUUGACAAGAAGGCUGAAGAGAGGAAAGAGGCUGAAAAGAAGCAAGAAGAAGCUAAGAAGGAAAAGGAGGAGAAAGAAGCUGGGAAGAAGCAGGAGGAAGCUAAAAAGCUUGAUAAGAGAGCAAAGUCUCCUGAAGGUAAGAAGGAAGAAGAGAAGAAAGAUGUGAAAAAGUUGGAUAAGAAGACAGAUGAUGAGAAAGAAGCUGAAAAGAAGGAUGAAGUUAAAAAGCUAGAUAAGAAGAAGGAAGAAGAUAAAAAGAAGGAAGAGGAGGCUAAGAAGCUUAAUAAGAAAGAAGAAGAGAAAAAAGAAGCUGAAAAGAAACAGGAAGAGGCAAAGAAGCUUGAUAAGAAAGCAAAAUCUCCUGAACCUAAGAGGGAAGAAGAGAAGAAAGAAGAUACCAAAAAGAAAGAGGAGGAGGCUAAAAAGCUUGAUAAGAAAGCAGAAGAGAAGAAGGAAGCUGAAAAGAAACAAGAUGCUAAGAAGCUUGAUAAGAAGGCAAAGUCUCCUGAAAUGAAGAAGGAAGAAAGCAAAAAGAAGGAAGAAGAGGCUAAAAAGCUUGAUAAGAAGGGAGAGGAGAAGAAGGAAGCUGAAAAGAAGGAGGAAGCUAAGAAGCUUGAUGAAAAGGCAAAGUCUCCUGAACCAAAGAAGGAAGAAACCAAAAAGAAGGAAGAGGAGACUAAAAAGCUUGAUAAGAAGGUAGAAGGGAAGAAAGAAACUGAAAAGAAGAAGGAAGAGGAGGCUAAAAAGCUUGAUAAGAAAGCCAAGUCUCCUGAACGUAAGAAGGAAGAAGAGAAGAAAGAAGAAACUAAAAAGAAAGAGGAGGAGGCUAUGAAACUUGAUAAGAAGGAAGAAACUAAAAAGAAGGAGGAUGAGGCUAAAAAGCUUGAUAAGAAGGCUAAGUCUCCAGAACUCAAAAAGGAAGAAAAGAAGGCAGAGGAAAUUAAAAAGAAGGAAGAGGAGGCUAAAAAGCUUGAUAAAAAGGCCAAAUCUCCUGAACCUAAGAAGGAAGAAGAGAAAAAGGAAACUAAAAAGAAAGAGGAGGAGGCUAAGAAGCUUGACAAGAAAGCCAAGUCUCCUGAAUGUAAGAAGGAAGAAGAGAAGAAGGAGGAAGCUGAAAAGAAGGAAGAGGAGGCUAAGAAGCUUGACAAGAAAGCCAAGUCUCCAGAACUUAAGAAGGAAGAGAGUGAGAAACAGGAGAAGAGUGCCAAGUCCCCAGAACCAAAGCCAAGGAAGCGGUCAAGUGUCAAGGAGGCUGAGAUCAUGGCUGCUGAGAAAGCUAAAUCCCCUGAGAGAAAGCGAUCAAGUCUUAGGGAGGAGGAAACUAAGAAAGCCAAAGCCAAAACUGAAGUGGAGAAGGCAAAGUCUCCUGAGCCACCUCCAAGAAGAAGGGCAAGUCAGGUGGAUAAUGAAGCAUCUCUCAAGAAGGCAAAGUCUCCAGAGGUUGAGAAAAGAAGGCAGAAGGAUGCAGACAAGGCUCAGGACUCUGCAAUGACGACCACCCGAGCUGCUGAACUUCGCCAGCAGGAGGAGAUCCUCAGGAAGAAGGAGAAGGAAGAACCACCUAAAGAGGAUGAACGUGCCAGGAGAAGGAGGGAGGAAGAAGAGAAACUAAAGAAAGAGGAGCAGGAGUUUGCUGAAAGGCAGAAGAAGAGGAAGGAGGAAGCAGAAAGAAGAAAGAAAGAAGAGGAAGAGACUCUAAAGAAGGGAGAAGAAAGGCAAGCUGAGAGGAAAAGAAGACAGCAUGAUGAUAGAAUGAGACACUUAGAAGAACAAGAACAGAGGAAACUAAAGGAUGAAGAGGACAGACUAAAAAAGCUAGAGAAAAGAAGACAGGAUCAGGAGAAAAUGAUGAGAGAGGAAGAAGAACGGAUAAUGAAGGAAGAAGCAGACCGAAGAGAGAAGAGGAGACAGAGAAUGAUGGAGGAAGAAAAGGCAUACAAAGAGAGACAGGCUAAAUAUGCCAAAGAAGAGGCAGAAAGAGAAGAAAGAAGGCAGAAACAAAGAGAGGAAGAAGAAAAGGCAAUGAAGGAGAAGGAAAUGGAAAGACAAAGAAGGAAGGAAAAAGAGAAGCAGGAAAGAAGGCAACGGUUGCAGAAGGAGCUGGAAGAGGAUGAAAGACGCAUGGAGGAGGAAGAAGAAAGGAGGAGAGAGAGGAGGAGGAAGAGGGAGGAGCUAGAUAAGCUCUUGGCUGAAGAGGAAGAACGAAGAGAGAUGGAGUCAAGAAAGAGAGUUGAGAUGGAAAAGAAGAAGCUGGAGGAAGAAUUGCGAGGGCGAGAGGAGAUGAAGAGGAGGAGGGAAGAAGAAAUCAAGAAACAAGGAGAGGAGUUCUUGAGGAAGGAAGAAGAGAGGCGCCAGAAGAAAGCUGAGGAGCGCAAACGUUGGCAGGAGGAGGAGCAGCAGCUGGACAGAGAGCUAAAUGAGAGAUCUAGGCACAAGAUUGAGUACUCAGAGAAGGAGCUCCUCUCUGUGGACAGAUACGGUUCGCUGGAGAGAAGACCCCUCACUCCAGAUGGUGACUACCUGAGCAAACGUGACCCCAAGCGCCGACCAAAGUUCAGCACAAAGCUUCAGGACAGACAGGCAGUGAAGGGCAGCCGCAUCCGCCUCACCUGCAACAUCUUGUACCCGAUGGAUGAAGCCUCACCAGAGAUAGAGUGGUUCAAGGGUGGCUAUCCAGUGCGGGAGGAUGAGCGGGUCAAGGUCAUCAACCAUGAGGGAGUGGCCUGCCUGGAGCUGUGCAAUGUCACUCGCAGUGACUCCGCCGAGUACACCUGCACUGCCAGGAACCGCCAUGGCCGUGUCUCCACCACCUGUGACUUGCGGGUGAAAGGAGAGGAAGACCAUAAGCCUACUCCACCCACCUUCACCACCAGCCUGAGAGAACGAUAUGUGAGUGAGGAUGACCAGCUUGUGUUGUCCUGCCAUGUGAUGGGUUACCCUCAGCCCAAGAUCACCUGGCUCAAGGAUGCUGACAGGUUGCCUGCCUCACCGCGCUUCCAGACUUCCAUCACUGAGGAAGGCAUAUGCAAACUGAUCAUCACUUCUCCUCGUGCCGCUGAUUCAGGGAACUACACUUGUCAUGCUGAGAACAGAGUGUAUCGCGAUGAGAUAUCCGGAGCAGUGCAAGUCCAGGCUCUGCUUGAGAAACAACGCAAACACGAUGGCCGGCCAGAUGACAGUGAGUGCCCACGCUUCAUCAGUGAGCUGUGUGACCAGUUUGUGGAGGAGAAUGGCACACUCACGCUGCAGGUGGAGGUGGCAGGUUCCCCCACCCCCGAGGUCUUGUGGCAGUUCAAUGGAAGGCUGCUGCAUCCAUCAGGCAAGUUCCGCAUCUCGGCCACAGGUGGGACCCACACCCUCACAGUGUUCCAGGUCACCUCCAAGGACUUGGGCUGCUACUCCUGCAGGAUCACAAACAAGUAUGGACAGUCAUACACCAUGAGCACUGUCAACUUUGGCACUCCCAAGACCCGACGUGGGGCACAGGCUGAGAAGGGAGACAAGGAGAUGAGGGCGCCCAUCUUCACCACGCGCCCUGAGAGCAUGAUCACAGUGCUACGGGACGAGGAAAUCCACCUGAGCUGCACCGUCCAGGGAGAGCCCACACCCAGGGUGUCAUGGCUAAAAGGGACUCAGGAUGUGGUGAACACGGGCCGUGCCCACAAGACAGUGCGGGACAACCAGCACUCAGUGGUGAUCCGCAGUGCUCAGAUCUCAGACUCUGGCACCUACACUGUUGAGGCCAAGAACAUCAGUGGCUCCGUCAGGGCUUACUGCAGUGUCAAGGUGAGGGAGAACUUCCGGUCUCGCAGUUACUCCCCACGAGGCCGGGAUGAGAAGUUCCCUGUCAACGUAGAGGAGGAGCCACGACUCACCUCCGGCAGGUUCAUCAGAGAUGUCCCGGGCAAGGUUGGCACUCCAAAGGCCCGAGAUGUGGGCAGGAACUGGGUGUCGCUGCACUGGGCCAAGCCACAGCACAUGGGCAGUGUGGUGGUGAAUGCAUACAAGGUGGAGGGGUGGAUACUUGGGGAGGAAGCACGCUGGCAGGAGUAUGGUGUGUCCCCCAUCCCAUCAUUUGACGUGUACAACCUGAAGACCGAUCGUGAGUACUUAUUCCGGGUGACCCCAAGGAACAAGUAUGGGUGGGGUGAGGCGGCCAUGACUCCCCAGCCCAUCCGAGUGGGGCGACGUGUUGAGCCUCCAAGCUUCCCCCAUGCCCUGCCGCACCAUGUUAGGGCCAUGCCAGGCAGCUCCAUCUGCAUUGAUGCCCAGGUGACAGGAGAGCCGGUGCCUGAGGUCCGCUGGUACAAAGAUGGCACCUACGUGGACAUUCAACGCUACCCUCGCUUCUCAUCCUUCUCCACAGAGAGCUCAGUUCACAACGUGUUUGGUCUGGUGAUCAAGGUGAGCUUGAGGAUUGACGACCUACAGUGGGAGGAUGAGGGCAAGUAUGAGCUGGAGGCGGUGAACCCGGGCGGGCGGGUCACCACCUUCGCCAGGCUCACUCCCACGCAUGACUGCUCCGUCCUUGAGGCUCAGGAGCGCAUCAACAGCAACCUGAUGGCACUGUCGAGGUUGGACAGUGCCCCCAGCAUGGCACCACACUUUACCAUGCGUCUCAGAGAUCGCCGGGUUCAGGUGGGCUUCCCGGUGCGCCUCACCUGCCAGAUUGUGGGUAUUCCUCGUCCUCAAGUCACCUGGUUCAAGGACGAUAAUCUGGUGACACCCGAUGAGGGACACAUCAUAUGGCAGGAGGAUGGCAACUUCCACACUCUUGAGAUCUCCAAUGCCUCCCACUCCGAUGCUUCCGUAUACUCUGCCUGUGCCGUCAAUGCUCAUGGAUCCAUCCUGUGCAGCUGCCGCCUGAUUGUGGACACUGGCCUAAGGUCCUACAUCUCACCCAUGUUCCUGAAAGAGCUGGAGGACGUGAGUGUGAGAGAGGAGGAGACCAUCUUCUUGGAGACAGUCAUUGAGGCAUACCCCACCAUAGGAGUUGUUUGGCACCGGGAUGGCCAGCGCAUCAGGCCAUCCCGCAAGCACUCCUUCUCUCUCGACCCUGACGGCAUUGCGACUCUGGAGAUACGAAGUGCCGACUACACCGACGGCGGGAUCUACACGUGCACCGCCAAGAACGAGAUGGGUCAUAUCGAGUCUAUGUGUCACGUGUCUGUCCUGUGCACUGACUCCGACCUUGCGACCAAGCGACGUAUGGCCUUGAGGCCAAGCAAGAAACCCAUGUUUGUGAGGAAGCCGCGGGCCGUGGAUGCUCAGGAGGGCGACUUGGUGGUCAUCGAGUGCGAGGUGGCAGGGGAGCCCAAGCCGCACGUGAUCUGGCUGCGCGACUGGCUUAAGGUAGGUGCUGAUGUGACGGUUGUGUUAGUUAGGUAUUCUGGUGGGUUUUUUCUUCCGGGUGUUUUGUUGUUACUGGUGGUGGUGGUACACACUCGUACAUGGUCACCAGGGCGCGGCUCGUGGCUCCGUAAUCAACCUGGUUACUGA